CUUGACUAUGUGGGCGGCCGCGCCGGCAGAGCGUCUCUUGUGAGCCGCCCCCUCGUUGUGGCCAGCUGAUCGGCAAAAGGAGGUGCGAUUUCCACACGGCCAACAAGUGGCUCACGGUCGCCAGCACUUACUGCGGCUGACACUCCACAAUGCUCGUCCUCGUCUCCAGCGCACCGGCUGGCCUCGUCGUUCCUGGCAGCGCGCAGCACCGUCCGCACCGCGGCCGGAGUCCAUCACCGCGGCUCACCGCCGACAAACCGCCCGCACUUGGGUUCACCUUCACGCCAGGCGGGCUGCUCUUCCCGUACUACGUCGGUAUCGCCUACUCCCUUAAGGAGGAAGGCCUGGUCUCGCCCACCACUCCAGUCGGUGGCUCGUCAGCGGGUUCGAUCGUUGCCGCUGCGCUCGCGUGUGGCGUCGAGGAGGAGACGGUGCUGAGCGGCCUCGCUGCGCUCGUGGAGGACGUCCGGAGCGGAACGCGGCUCAACCCGGCCCUGCGGAAGCAGCUCGACGUCCUGAUGCCGGAGGAUGCGGCGCGGCUGGCGAUGGAGCACAACCUCGCCGUCGGCUACCUGCGCGUGACUCCGUGGCCAAAGGCGUGCAUCGUCACCGAGUGGGAGUCCAAGGCCGACCUCAUCGACACGGUGUGCGCGUCGUGCAACUGGCCCUUCUUCUUCUCGCGGUGGCCCCUCGUGUGGUGCCGCGGCCAGCUCGCCCUCGACGGCUUCUUCUCCGUCCCGCGCUCGCGCUUCGGCUGCCCCCCGCUCACCGGCGCCGGCGGUCUGCCGCCCGAGCGCACGGUCGCCGUCUGCUGCCUGCCGCGCGUCAGCCUGGCUGCCUUUGCUGCGCGAGACACUAUCCAGCCCGAGCGGCGCGCAGAGUACAGGCUCGAGGUGCCCGAAGCACAGUGGUUCUCUUGGGCCCUCGAGCCGGCGACGGAUGCAGAGCUGGCGGGCAUGGUGCGCAAAGGGCGCGAGCACGCCAGGGCGUGGCUCGAGGCCGACUCGAGGCCGCAGGCGGCGCGGCGGGAUCGGAAUUGAGGGCUGGCGAGAGCGAGCCCGCGGCGGGGGCGCGGGGUGAGAGAGAGAGAGAGACCGACGGCAGACCGAGACGCAGACGGUGGACCGUCUGGAGACUGGACACAGCUGUGGCGAUUGUAGGUUUCGUACCCAUCUCCUAGUUAACACAU